AUGGCGUCCGCGCGCAAGAGGCCAAGGACUGAAGCUGAAGACAACCGGGCGGAGUGCCCGUUCACCAUCAAAAUUGUUGAUCCCAGGGAAAAGGAUCAAAAGAAGAAGAAGCGCCGGCGGACCGAGAAUGGCGAGGAGGAGGAUCCAGGCCAGAAGGUCAACCUGCAAAUGUCGCCAUUUGCGCCCUGCGGCAAGUUCAAGACUCACGAAACUAUGGACCUCCACUACCAGGUCGACCCGGCCAAGAAAUGGACCGACAUGACGAGGUACAACAGCUUUGUCCUCAAUGGGGUCAAGUACUUUAGUGAAGGGUUUAUCUACGUCGCGAAUGACUCGAGCAUCGAGCGACAGAAGGCUGUUAACAACAACGAGCCGAUGCAGCUUAGGAAGAAGUCAGAUGAUGAUUGGGUAGCCCGCAUUCUAGAGAUCCGCGCAAGCGACGAACACCAUGUGUAUGCGCGGAUCUACUGGAUGUACUGGCCCGACGAGCUUCCCCAGGGCACCCACGAUGGGAAAAAGACAGUCCAAGGCCGCCAACCGUAUCACGGCUUGAAUGAGUUGAUCGCUUCCAACCACAUGGAUAUCAUCAAUGUGGUGAGCGUCACCUCACAAGCCCAAGUGAAGCAGUGGUACGAGGAGAACGACGAAGAGAUACAAAACGCGCUGUACUGGAGGCAGGCCUUCGACGUCAGGACAUAUGAACUUUCAAGCGUCGAGCUGGUGUGCAGUUGUAAUACGCCCGCGAAUCCCGACAAAAUGCUCGUCGGGUGUACAACUGAAUCGUGCAAGAAGUGGAUGCAUGAGCAGUGCAUCUUAGAUGACGCCCUCAGAUCAGCGUACCGCCGCUUGGGCACCGACAAACCACACGUCUCUCCGGUAACACCCAAAAAGGAGGAGAAUGGCGACGAGGGGAAGCGGCCGUUGAGUCCGACAGAAACCGGUGCCGAGCAGCACUCGAUCGACGUCAAAGCAGAGACUGGCUCAGCAGACGCUGUCCACGUCAACAUGAAAGACAACGUCGACGUCAAGCAGGCGGACGACGAAGAUGCCCCGGCGGAGCUCGAAGACUCCAUUGUUGAGCGGUCGACCGAGGCGAGGUCGGCGACGAGCGAGCGUGCCAACGCAGACACACCGCACAAGUCCGCUACCGGCAAGUCAACUCCUGGCCGGCGGCCGGGCAGGCCGAGGAAGAAGGGGAGUGAAGCCAAUGGCGAGAGCGCACGGCCGUGGGAGGGGCUGUUCGAGGCGUCGCUGAAGAUGAUGGACAUUGGCCCGCCGCUGAUAGAGUUCAAGGAUCUGCGCGAAGGCAUUGUGGGCGGCGAGAAGACGUGGACCGAACCUGUCAAGUGCCUGCUUUGCGGAACAAAAGUCAACUAA